ACACAAGUUUAUAUUUUAGGAGAAUUUUAGUCAGACCUGGUAUGUUGCACACACUUGACUCAGACUUUCAAUAUUGUGUAUAUUACAAAUAUUAAAGCGCACUAGUAUAGGUUUUAUCAAGUGACAUUUAAUAUAUGCAGACCAGGAUUUUAUACCUGAAGGCAAUUCACAGCCAUCUGGAGAUAAGACAUACAACUAUUGAAUGAAUCAGGGGAUUUAAAAAUAGGAAUUGUAAAAUCCUGUAUUGAUUAAUUCUCCUAAUUAUUAUGCAACAGAUUAGUUGCGUGGUGUUACCAGGUUCUGUUUUGGGGGAUAACCACUGACGUGGAACUAGAAUAACCCCCCAGGGUGCCCCAGUGUCAAGCUUCAAUGACUCACGGUGUGGUGUGUCCCCUUUCAAUGACAAACUUCUUCAACUGUGAGAAAGAAAAAUAACACAAGGAUUUCCCACUGUAAAACUCCAAAUAACUGAAAGUGAAACUUACUUACUUCUGAGGACUGUGUCUGAUAUAGAAGUGUGUACACUGUGGUUAAUAGUUGGAUAUUGUGAUCAACUGAUCAACUGGGACUUAAAUAUGUUUACCUUGUCUUGUUAAUUGAUAGUAUAUGUGGAUUGUGUUCUGUAAGAUAUGGGGAUCUAAUGCUUCAAUACAAGAUAAAGAAGCUAGUUCAUUGAGGGAUAUACUGUACAAUUAACUACCUUACUGUGGACGUUAGUAAAUAGUGGAGAUAAAAUGACAGUGCGGGACCGGUUACCAGAGUUCGAAGCCAAGCGAGAUCAGUAUGAGAGGGAAAGCAUGCGAGGAAAGAAAGGGAAGAAAUCCAAAAAGGAGGAAGAAGAUGAUUUGUCGUUACCGGGGUUCCUCGAGAAAGUGAAGGGGAUGGAGGGGAAACUGGCACUGCUGAAAGCAGAUGUCAGCGAACUUAAAAAAAUGCAGAACACUCUGUACUGCGCCCCCAAAGUGUCCGACACAGACAUCCAAAGAAUGGAGAACCUGGCAGACAAGAUUCUGUCGAGCUCCAUCACGAUCAGAAAAGACAUAGAACUCCUGUCAUCUGCUGGGACCGACCCCAAGUCACAGAAAAAAGGACUGAUUCUGUCAAACGCAGAACAGCGCGUGCAGAGCAUGCAGAUAGAAAGGCUAUCACAUGAACUUAGAACAACUAUGAAUGACUUCAGAACUAGCCAGGCUAGUUAUCUGGAGAGAACAAAAGCUAGACUUAAUAAACAGAGACAGAUAGCUGCAAUAACGGGGGACCCCCAGUACGACGUCAACACAAACUCCGUGAAUUUAGAUCUGAACUUUCAGAACACCAAUGCUUUCAUCGAUCCUUAUUUCCAGGAAUCCCAGAAAGCUAUUUCUGAGUUACAGGACCUUCAGGAGCGAGAGCGGGAACUGAGUGACCUUGAGAGCCAGAUUCAUGAGGUCAACAUGUUGUUUAAAGAAAUGCACGGACUGGUACAAGACCAGGGUAAAAUGGUAGACAAUAUAGAGAAACACGUAGAACUAGCAGUAGAGGAUGUACAGAGUGGGAAUCAGCAGUUAGCAGAGGCAAAGAAACAUCAGUGUGCUGCAAGGAAGAAAAAAAUCAUCUGCUUCUCCAUCCUAAUUACUGUCAUUGUAAUUGUCGUUAUAAUCAUUGUUGUGACGAUGACCAAUAGUGAUUCAGAGUGAUAAAAUACAGGGUGUAGAAUAGCGGUAAUUUACAGUGACCAUUGAACUACACAUAUAUGUAC